AUGAGUUUAUUCGGUAUAUCAAACACGAAAGUUUUUGAUAAAUUAUUUGAAAAAGCAACAAGUCCUCUUUUAAUCGAACCCGAUUGGCAGACGAUUCUUCAACUCUGCGAUAUUGUGAAAUCACAAGAAGUGCCAGCAAAAUAUCCAAUACAAGCAAUUAAGAAAAAAUUCGGCCAUGAAAAUCCAGGAGUUAUUCUUAAUUCACUUCAUUGUUUGGAAUCCAUAGUAAAAAAUUGUGGAGGAGCAAUUCAUAAAGAAGUCUCACAACGCGAUAUGAUUGAUGCUUUGCGCGAAUUGACAAAAAAUGGACCUGAUGUAAUUCGCGAUAAAGUUCUUGAGUUAAUUCAAUGUUGGUCGCAUGGUCUUGGUCAACAAUAUAAAAUUUUCACUGACACUUAUAAUUUGAUGAAACUUGAAAAUUAUCGUUUUCCACCGUUGAAAGAGAGUGAAGUUAUGUUUGAAAACAAUGACAUAGCACCGGAAUGGCGAGAUGAUAAAGAAUGCUAUCGUUGUCGACAAGUAUUUACAACGUUUAACCGCAAACAUCAUUGCCGAGCAUGUGGAGAAAUUUUUUGCAAUAAAUGUGCAUCAAAACAAUGCGCAAUACCAAAAUAUGGUAUGGAUCGGGACGUACGUGUUUGUGACGCAUGCUAUGAAAAAUUAACAACUGGCCCACAAUUAAGUCCAAGACCAACUUUAACACCAAAACCAGCAAUAGCAACUAGUGGCAUAGCACCUAGUCGAACUAAAACUCAAGCUGAAAUCGAUGAAGAAGAAUCAUUUCAACUUGCUUUGGCUAUUUCACAAAGUGAAGCAGAAGAAAAAGAGCGGCAGAAAAAAAUGUUAACACAAAAAUAUGCUAUGUCAAGUUUCUUAUCUGCACCUAAUACUAGUAAUAAUAAUCCUCCGAGUGUGACUGAAAUUAAUAAUAAUCAUCAUGAAUAUGCUGAACUAACAAAAUAUAUCGAAAAAGGCCGUCAGGAACAACAACAACGAGAAACUUUUAAUUCAUCAAAUUUUUCUAAUGGACAUGAAAUAGAAAAUAAUACAACACAAAUACCAAAUGAAUUGAAUGGUUUUAUAACCGACAAUGAAAUUGAUCAAUUUACAACUAUUGUAACUGAUAAUAUAAAUAAUUUUAAAUUUCGAAUGUUAAGUAAUCAACAACGUAGUAGAAAUAUUACAACGGACACAUCUGUUCAAUCUGUUUUUGUUAUGCUUCAACAUUUUCAUCCUGAACUUCCUCGUUUCAUGCAAUUAUUAGAAGACAAACGAACUUAUUAUGAAAAUUUACAAGAUCAAUUAAAUCAAUUAAAAGAUGCACGAGAAGCACUGAAUGCUCUACGUACUGAACAUAGCGAAAGAAAACAACAAGAAGCUUUAGAACGUGAACGACAACGACAAAUACAAUUAGCACAAAAACUUGAUGUUAUGCGACAAAAGAAACAGGAAUAUCUUGAAUAUCAACGUCAAUUACAUCUUCAACGUUUAGCACAACAAGAACUUGAGAUGAAAAAUCGUCUAGAACAACAACGACAAUUAACAUUCGCACGAGAACAAUUUGUACAAAAUCCUCAAUUGCCACUUGCAUCAUAUGAUUAUAGUCGAUUGCCGCAGUCAAAUCCUGCUCAUCAACAACCGUACGCAAUUUUACCAACACAGCCAUCAAUGGAUCCAAUAAAUCAAUAUUCUGUUGUACCAUCACUUCCAUCACAACAAUCUUUACCACCAUCUCAAUAUCCUCAUAUGAUGAUGUAUCCACCAAAACUAGACGCUAAUGUAUUAACUCAAACACCAGUUCCGCAACCGAUUAUCUACUCUAUGGGAGCUACUGGAGAUAACAAUUAUAAUCAUUCAUAUGGUCAAAUGUCAAUGACUAAUGCGAACAUUUCGUAUACUCAAUCACCACCACCACCACAACAACAAACAACACCGAUCAUCAAUCAAGAAAAACCUGAACCACAGUUAAUAACAUUCGAUUAG